UCAUAGUUAUAAUACUGAGUGUAUUGAUUUUUACAUAUAUGUAUAAAAAUGCUGGUAUAUAAGUAGGUAUGAAUAUUUAAUUAGACAGUUUACCUAUUACUUUGUAUUAUGUUAUUUAACAAUUAUCAGUAAAAUGUAACCCUACAUCGGUAUGAAAAUAAAAGACAUUUUUCCAUAAAUUGAGGUUAAACUCAUUAUUUUCUGAGGAAGCAUUCAAUUAGCUACAGAGAACAAUUGGAACUUUUUGGAAACAAUAUAUUUACAUUUAACAAUUUUCAACGGAUAACACUUACUAAAUUUGUUACAGUGCGUUUUCAUUUGACUAAGACAAUAAUUUAGACUAAUAAGAGUAAUAAGUAUGCAUACAAGUAUGAAAGUAGAAGUAUGUAUAAGUAUUCCUGGUAUUUCUAUAUUAUGUAUUAAUAAGUACAACUGGAACCUAUACGUUAAUAACUUUACUUUGACACAUGAAUGUUCAUACAUUUUUUACACAAUUAUACGUUCUGUUUUUUUCUGGGAGUUUUCGAUUCCAACAAUGAUAAACUUAUAAUAUAAAUAAGUAUUACAAACAUGUAUCUUUGAUGUAUGUAUUAAUUAUUAUGAAUGUUAUAGAACGCGCGUCCUAUUCGCUAUUGUAAUUCCGUGAAUACUUUACGAUGUCCAUUUACCAGUUUCAUUCGCGUGUCUAUAAUUACGAACUGUUGACCAAUAGGGCAUUGACAUCAUUUUAUUUAAAAAAUAGUACAUUCGGGGUUGCCUGCACUGCGUCCAAUCGAUCCAAACACUGCGCAUGCGUAAUAAUGACUUCUGUACGUCAGUGACGAUAGAGCGCGGCUCGUGACGAGAUGCCGAAACCCACCCCCGAGGAGGAUCUGGUUAUACCCCCACAGGAUCAAAAGAUAUGUGGGACGAUAUGUGUGUGUCAAAUGACAGCCGUCCUCAGCGCAGUGGCUCUGGUCUACCUCACCGUCGCUAUUUACAUGCCCUACACAAGGGCUACGGCCUCAGGAAUCGAUCCAACACCAAUAAUGUGCACGACAACCCGAGCCAUCAACAAGGACAAUUGUGACUGGGGAUCCUGUGGGGAGUGGUGCCUCAGUAAGACCUCCGGAGCCUGCAUUCAAAUCUACGUCAACGUCAGGAAGAACGGGACGUCUUUACUGCUCUCAGAAUGUGGAAGUGCUGCUAAUAAGACUUGCUAUGGUAUAGAUCAGGAAAAUGCAAAGAAGUAUCACUGCAUUAGGGAUGAGUGUAAAAACUUAACCGGAACGUUUAAUUGUACUGAAGGGAAGUGCAUAAAUAUUACUGAUGCUUUUGAAUGUGCUUUUAGAGAAACAGAUCCUCCGUUAAAAUGCUCCGGUAGAAGAGGGAAGAUUACGUGCAUAGAUGUUCACGGAUUGUUCUCGUGUAAUAGAGGCACUUGUAGGAAAAUUAAAACUCCAUACAAUUGUGACCGCCGCUGUGUUGACAUCCCAACCCGUAACAAAAACGUAAUAGUUUUAAGUGGGGACAGAGUUUUCUUAGCAAAAUGUGUUAAAUUAGCUCAAGAAGACACCGGUGCUGUAGUUUGGACGGAUAAUGGCGAAGAAGUUUUAAUGUUAUCUUGCCACGCAGUUCACAACGGAACUUCCGGAGUAGUCGCGGUAGAUUGUAUAAACGCAGCAUUACUGCCGAAGCCGGAAAUUUCAGAUUUAACUAAUUUCACCUAUCUCCAGUAUUUAUAUCAGUCUAGAGCUGUUCAAAACCGUAUGAUUGCUCCUACUGAAGUUGAGCUGACCCUAGCCAAUGACAGUCGUUUGAUGAUUAAUCUAGAAGGCUGCGUUAACACGUUGGCUGAUGAAUGUAAAGAGUUUCUUAAAGAUUACGGCAGAGAUGGUGCAGAUCAUAACGCUAAAGCUAGAUUUCCUUGUUUCUACACGGAGAACAAUCCAGAAAUAGCUGUUGCUAGAUUUGAUUUAGAUACGACACAUCGUCAGUUCAUGGUGGCUCUGAUACUGCCGACGGUCUUAGUUGUGGUGUCGUGCAUAACGCUAAUGCUGUGUCAACGAACUGUUGAAGUCGGCGACGAUGCAAAGAUGAGGUUUAAAAGUUGCGCCGGGGGACAAGCGGAAAUGCAAAUGUCUCCAAAUGAUCCUGUUUCUCCACUUUGA